UAAAAAUUAAAAACUCCAAAUUCCCAUAUUUUUCUCAGCCCUUAUAUACCUUUUUAAAAUUCGAGCACAACACUAGCACCCGCAAAUUUGGCCUAAAGCACGCUAAAAGAGCAUCUCAGCUGGUCGACGACGCAAUUCGCCAGUUUAUUUUAGCAAACAAUAGGACAAAACAGAGCAAUGUUUUCGAUUUUCGGGAAACGCAAGCCCGCGGAAACACCCACAGAGGAUCAGCCCAUCCAGGGGCCGGCGGAUGCCUCCCGUCCAGGCACGAGCGGCGAUGAUUUUGUGUUUAUAGAGAGGAAACCAGGACCGGAUGCUCCUCAUACGGGUGUUCCAUCCGGCUCCAUGUAUCCACCCAUGCCGCCAGCGAGCUACCUGCCCUAUCCGCCGAUGCCAGGACCAGGCGGUCAGGUGAAGCAGCCCGGCGCCCAAGGACCCGUCAACUACUUGCAGGACAUUCCCUUUGAGCUGGCACCCGAACUGGCCACCAAGGAUCGAUACACCAGCACCCAAAUGCAGGUGGACAGCAUCCUGGCGCUGCUCACGCGCCAACUGUCCGUGGACGAGCUGGCCGAGGAGUAUACCUUCGCCCUAGAGCGAUCCGUGCAAAACGAGUGUUACUAGCAUUAGUCCGUAGAUCCACUGGUUAAUAUACAUAUAAUAAAACGUUGCUUAUUUAAUUCUUAAUUAUAAUCUGAA